AUGCCGGAGUGUAUGGCAGAAAGCGGGACUCAGUUUCGGGAACUCUGCGGUGGCAGCGGGAGCGGAGGUAAAUUACAAUACUCUGGUGUCACCUCGAAUUCCUCCGUCGUCAAUGUGGAGCCAACGAGUAAUGCCGGCGACGAAGAGCAUAUGUAUCCUUGCUUGAAUCUCGAGUAUAACUUCGAUAUACUUAAACAGAAUAAUCUAGAAGACGACAAGAACGUUAGGUCCGGAAUUUUCGUAACCAAACAGCUUUUCCCGGAUGGUUGCAGCUCGGUGGCUGAAAGAGAAUUGAAUUUAAGGCAACAGUAUUAUCAGCAGUACAACCAGCAAAUAAAGAAGAACAGGAGAGGACCUAGGUCUCGGAGUUCUCAGUAUCGCGGCGUUACGUUUUAUCGGAGAACAGGAAGAUGGGAAUCGCAUAUUUGGGAUUGCGGGAAACAAGUUUAUCUGGGUGGAUUCGACACUGCACAUGCUGCUGCUAGGGCAUAUGAUCAGGCUGCCAUUAAAUUCCGUGGCCUUGACGCUGAUACUAAUUUCAACCCAAAUGAUUACCAGGAAGAUCUUAAGCAGAUAAGGAACUUGACAAAGGAAGAGUUUGUGCAUAUUAUUCGUCGUCAGAGCAAUGGGUUCUCUAGGGGGAGCUCAAAGUAUAGAGGAGUUACUCGGCAUAAAUGUGGUCGAUGGGAAGCCCGAAUGGGCCAAUUUCUUGGGAAAAAGUACAUCUAUCUUGGAUUGUUUGACAGUGAAAUUGAAGCUGCAAGGGCUUAUGACAAGACUGCUAUAAAGUUUAAUGGAAGAGAAGCACUUACCAACUUUGAGCCCAGCUCAUAUAAAGGAGAGCCAACUCCUGAGACGGAGAAUGAUGCCUACAGUCAAUCUAUGGAUUUGAACCUGGGUAUUGCUCCCCCCUCAUUUAGAAGUAGUAAUUACACAAAAUACACUUCUGGGAGCUUGCACCAGAUCAAUCAUCUUCUAGGUGACAUGUCUGAGGCUGAAAGAACAAGGAUUGAGCCCUCUACUUCCAUGACAUUGGGAACUCAGAUGCCUCUUGUCCACCCUCCUGACAGAAACAGUGGAACAUCAAUAGAGGAACGUAAGGAAGUGGAUUUGAAUCGCGGGUGGCAACUCCAGGAUCCUUAUGGUGGAGCUACCCCUGCUUCACUCUUUUCUGCUGCUGCAUCAUCAGGAUUCAAUCAUUGA